AUGUCGGAACGGUGGCUCCUCAACUUUACGCUUGCGUUCCUUGCGACAGUGGAGCAUCCAGAGGCUUGGCGGAGAGAGCGCUCCUAUUGCUCGCAGCAGGGACAGCCUCAUUUCUCCGCCACACCAAAUCCCCCACCUCGACACGACACCAGCGGCAGAGUCCCCAGCGUUGCCCCAGGCCACCAGCUUCGCUUGGACACUCGCCUGCCCAAGGUCUCAGAAAUAUCUUGGCCGGGAUUAAUGACGAUCCUCAAAUUGAACAUCACUGCACGUUAUGGUUUGUUAGUCUUCUUGAUCCUGAUCGGCCUGCAUUCUAUUCUUAGGUUUACGCAUGAAGACUACGAGCGAGCGACGUCUCUCUCUACCAUCGCGUCCAAAAUAUCUGGUUCCUGGGACGCGGCCCCAGCUGAGCUUCUCUACCACCCACCACUGGUGCCAGAUUUGGAUCCUCAUGGGAAUGCUACGCAGCGGGCGAACGCCACGCUCUUGAUGCUCGCGCGCAACAGUGACGUCGAAGGCGCGGUGCGCAGCGUGCGCGAGGUGGAGGACCGCUUUAAUCGCCGGUGGGGAUACCCGUGGGUGUUCUUGAACGAAGAGGCGUUCUCGGAUGAGUUCAAACGACGAGUCGGAAACAUCGUCUCUGGGCCCGUCACGUUCAGUCUCAUCCCGCGCGAGCACUGGUUCCAGCCCGACUCGAUCGACGAGGAGCGUGCACGCGCAAGCCGGGAGAAGAUGGAGCAGAUGAACAUCAUUUAUGCCGGGAGUGUAUCGUACCGGAACAUGUGUCGCUUCAAUUCAGGGUUCUUCUACCGCCAUCCUGCCCUACAACAGUAUAAAUGGUACUGGCGUGUCGAGCCCGAUGUGCAUUUUCACUGUGAUAUCAACUUUGACCCGUUCCGAUACAUGGAAGACCACGACAAGGUCUACGGCUUCACCAUUACGAUGUACGAGUUUGAAGCGACAAUCCCGACCUUGUGGCAGACAGUCAAAGAGUUCGUCCGCGACCACCCACAGUAUAUUGCUCAAGACAAUGCUAUGAACUAUCUCUCAGACAACAGCGGAGACACUUACAACCUCUGUCAUUUCUGGAGUAACUUUGAGAUUGCAAACAUGGACUUUUGGCGGGGAGAGGCAUACUCGGCGUUCUUCGACUACCUCGACUCGAAGGGCGGAUUCUACUAUGAGGUGAACACCGUUUGGCCCGAAUGUCUGUACUUGAUGCAUUGGCUGACUGGGUGUGCUCGUGCAGCGGUGGGGUGA